AGUCAAAUCGGAUCGAAUCGAAUUUGGCUCGUCACUUCUGUGAUCUGUCCUGUCGACCUUUAACGUAAUGAUCAUAGACCCUUAAUAGAAUAGAAUAGAUAAUGGAUAUAAAACAAAAAGUUAUACGAAAGUUUAAUGAACAAUUAGGAUCGACUUUAAAAAAUCUUGAAGGAAUUUACGACUUCGAAGAGCAUCUCAAAGCAGAAAAGGAUGAGAUUGAAAAAUCACUAUCAAUGGCAUCGACCACUGCUCCUUCCAAGGUAAAGGCAGUAGUUGAAAAUGUAGAAUGUGUCAAUUUUGAAGUUGAGCAGUUACAGGAAAUUUGUUUAGAUCUCAGUAAGAUGAUCGAAGAGACGUUUAGCGAAAAUGACAAAAAUUUAGAGCUGCAAGAAGUUGUUGAUAAGAUAAGUCAGCUGGACAAAUCAUUAUCCUAUCUAUACUUCAUAAGAUAUGUAGAAAAUAUUAGCCACGAAAUAGAAGUAUCCUUGUUAUCUGGUGAUGAUCAGUCAAUGAUAACUCUAUAUACAACCUUAACAAACAUCAGUUGCCAAUUGCAAACAUCUGUAUGUCAUCAUCUCGUCAAUUAUGUUCAUGAGACUUUACAUUUUUGGCACAAUAUAAUCAAGAAAAAAUUGUCAAAGGAAUACAAUGAUUUAUUGAAGAUAUUGAAAUGGCCCUUUUGUGGAACCAAUGCUACUUCAUUAAGUACACCUUUACCAGAAACAAUGACAAAAUUUAAGAUACUCAUUGAAUAUCUCUUUCAUCUACAGCUACCAGACGAAAUGAUUAAACCGGUAGUAACAUCUGUGCUAUUAACAGACUUUGCACCAAUUAGUUUGCCAAUCACCUUCUUAGUACGUCCCCUCCGACAAAGAUUUGUUUAUCAUUUCACAGGAGCUAAAUUGACAAACCGUCAAGAUAAGCCAGAAUGGUUUUUUACACAAAUAUUAACAUGGAUUAAAGACCAUGUUCAGUGGGUACAAAAAAACGUUCAACCUGUAGCAGAUUCUGUAGGUUUGAGGUAUUUAGAUGUAAAGGCCGAAUUUAUGCGUGCUCUAGUUCAAUUAGCCGUUGAAAAACUUCAUUCCGAAUUGCCCAUAGUGCAAUAUGAUGACACUUUAUUUGCGCAUUUAGUAGACGAAGCUUUAGGAUUUGAGAGAGAGUUGCGGGAGACUUUGUUGUAUCCUCACACUCAGCCGGCUACUAUUUUUGUUCUUACGCAAGCCCAUAUUUUUGUAAAAUGGAUAAACAUGGAGAAAAAAUAUGCAACUGAAAAAAUGGAUGCAAUAUUAAGCUCGAAUACAGCAUGGGAAAGACUGACGAGUCCUGAUAUAGAUGAUAUGAAGGUCACUGAAUGUGCAGACGCCUUUCUUACACUCCUUACUACAAUUUCUGACAGAUAUAAACAUUUACCUCAGCCUGGACAUAGAUUACAAUUUCUCGAGUUGCAAUUGGAAUUGAUUGACGACUGGCGAGUACGAUUGCUACAAUUGUUACAUGAAAAUUAUGAAGAUCCAUUAACGUCACUUAUGCCGUAUAUUCUCAAUACACUACACUAUGUCGCGACCGUUUUGGAAGAAUGGGGCGUGACUGUUCACUUCUUGCAACUGCAUUUCUUCAAGAAGCAAUUCGAAGCUGUAGAAAAUGCCACGGACAAAGGUAACGACGUUAAGGAGAAUAUUGGAGAAAUAGAGGGAACUGUAUUUGACGAAGCUGUAAUUCUUUUACGACGAUUAGAGAAAGAACUGAUAAAUGAAAUCAGUGACUCAGUAGCUUUAGAUGUAAAAGCAAAAAGUAGAGCUUAUAGAACAGACAAAUGGUUUGCGAUGCAGUCUUCAAAAGAAGUUGCUUCAUUAUCAAUGACUCCAAGUGGUUGUUCCAUGUUCCAAGAACUAGCUACACGUCUUCAUAUAUUGCACAACGUUCUUGCUUUGCCGUUGUUUAAUCAAGCUUGGAAGAAUUUAGCUGCUCAAUUUGAUCAAUUUCUCUUUGAAGAAGUUGUACUAGUAAAUCAUUUCAAUAAUGGUGGUGCCGAACAAUUACAAUAUGAUAUUUUGAGGAAUCUAUUUCCAUUAUUUGGUCUGUAUAUUAACAAACCAGAAUCAUAUUUCCCCUUAAUCAAAGAAGCGUGUAUACUUUUAAAUAUCUUAAUGGGUUCAGCAAUAUUGCUUGAAGAAGCACUAAAUAAUGAUGAUAAAAAUGUAUCGACAGAGAUUUUAGCGGAUGUCGGUGUGUACAAAAUGUCCGCUAAAUUGGCUCUAAAAGUAAUAGCGACGAGAACAGACAUCAUCCAUAUAUAGAAAAUCUUUCUCUUG